CGACCUCCAUGAGCGUCCACUCCUCUGAUGCUCGGUCUGUUUCUGGCCUUUAAACUUAUUUUUGCAGGAACGAGUUUUGUCUGACAGAUAACUGCAGUUUAAAACAAGUGCAGUGGCGUCCGUCAUGUCCAGGCUGGCAGUGGUGUGUGGGGGCUCCAGGGGCAUUGGGAAGGCUGUGUCCCGCCUGCUGGCAGAGAGGGGCUGCAGGUUGGCUGUUGUCUCCAGGAACGAAGAUGCUGCCCGUGCCGCUGUGGCGUCUCUGCGUGGAGCUGACCACGUGGCGUUCAGCUGUGAUGUCUCUAAAGAGCAGGAGGUGCAGAAAACCUUUGAGACGAUCCAGAAGAGCUGCGGAAACAUCUCUUAUCUUGUGAAUGCAGCCGGCAUCAACAGGGAUGCUCUGUUACUGAGGACCAAGCCGGAGGACAUGGUGGCUCUGCUUCACACCAACCUGCUGGGCACCAUGCUGACCUGCAGGGCAGCUCUGCGCAGCAUGCUGCAAACUCAGGGAGCUGCGGUCGUUAAUAUAGGCUCUGUUGUCGGCCUGAAAGGGAACGCUGGUCAGUGUGUCUACAGCGCCAGUAAAGCCGGUCUAGAGGGCUUCACGCGCUCUUUGGCUAAAGAAGUCGCUUCACGAAAUGUCCGAGUUAACCUGCUGGCUCCCGGUUUCAUCCGCACUGACAUGACCGCAGGGCUGAAGGAGGAGGACGGGGUGCGCUCCAUCCCACUGGGGAGAUUUGGGGAGCCGGAGGAAGUAGCCCAGGCUGUCCUUUUCCUUUUGGAGUCUCCCUAUGUUACAGGACAGGUGCUGGUGGUGGAUGGCGGACUGCAGCUGGCCAUGUAGGGAGUGGGGCCUUCCACUAAAAACAGUGGCGGUGAUGCAAAGGUAACAGCAUCACUCUGCCUUUCCUUUGAAAUCAUAAGAGACUGUAAAGGGAAAUAUUUCAAGUGUAAGAUGAAGGAUGUUUUACCAAAGUCUGAGGAGCAUCUGACUGAUGAGAAGCACACAUUUACUCUAACUGUGCUUCUUGGUUGAGGUAGCUUGGACAGCGUACAAGAUAACUACAAUCAAAAACUCAGAGGUACUAAAAUUUGCUGAAAAUAUGCUUGGCUUUUCCUCCUAAAGUACACAUCAACCUUAUCGAGCCCAGCUACUAUCUUAUCGUACAUGUAACCAAACAUCAGGCUUAAGCUGAGAGGAAAAACGAGCAUGAGCUCUGUGGCAGAGGCAUCCGUGCACAGCGAGAGUGCAGCCCAGCUAACUCAACAACACAACAAAGCUACAUUUUUAAAGUUUAACUGUUUAAUUACGUGUAAUUGUGCUUCAUGCCCACACUUGGCCAUUGCUCUUUGGCUAUAUGCUGACUCAUAUGGUAAGCUGUAGGAGUGUGAGACUGGAUGUAGUCUUCACCAGUGCUGUAUUCUUGUAUUUACAAGCCCGCUUUUUAAAAGUUUCCCUUUGGCUCAAACGGUUUUUUACUCGGUCUUGCCUCGGUCUCGGACAAAGAGGACUUGACCAAAACUGCAGAGUUUUCACUUUUUCGGCUGUGCAAAAAAGGAGUGUUGAAUAAAGAUGGAAGAGUUGAUUUCA